GGGAAAGAAGCUCUGACCCAUUUCCCAUCCCUGGGACCCUCCACAAACUCUGCCCAGGGGAAGGUCCACGUGAAGCAGUGUGACUUGCUGAAGCUGUCCCGCAAGCAGAAGAGGCUUUGCCGGAGGGAGCCCGGCUUGGCAGAGACCCUGCGGGAUGCCAUCCGCCUUGGGGUCAUGGAGUGCCAGUACCAGUUUCGGAGCGAGCGCUGGAACUGCAGCCUGGAGGGACGGACCAGCCUGCUGAAGCGAGGUUUUAAGGAGACUGCCUUCCUCUAUGCAGUGUCCUCCGCAGCUCUCACCCACUCCCUGGCCAGAGCAUGUAGUGCUGGGCGCAUGGAGCGCUGCACCUGUGAUGACUCCCCAGACCUGGAGAACCGCAAGGCCUGGCAAUGGGGUGUUUGUGGAGACAACCUCAAAUACAGCACCAAGUUCCUGAAAAAAUUCUUGGGUCAGAAGAGGAUUGGAAAAGACCUGCGGGCCAAGGUGGACAUCCACAACACCAAUGUUGGCAUCAAGGCUGUGAAAAAUGGUCUCAAAACCACAUGCAAAUGCCAUGGUGUCUCCGGCUCAUGUGCCGUCCGGACGUGCUGGAAACAGCUUUCGCCUUUCCAUGAGAUUGGACGACUGCUGAAGCUGCGCUACGAUGAUGCUGUCAAGGUCUUCAGCACCACCAAUGAUGCUGUGGGACACUCGGAGCUGUCUAGCCCACAGAGACACAGCCAUUCCCCCAAGCACCCCGCUUCGCCCCGCCCUACUGACCUGGUGUAUGUGGAAGACUCCCCCAGUUUCUGUCGUCCCAGCAAAUACUCCCUGGGAACUGCUGGGAGGACCUGCUCUCGGGAGGGCAACUGUGACAGCAUGUGCUGUGGACGAGGCUAUAACACCCAGAGCCGGCUGGUUACCUUCUCUUGCCACUGUCAGGUGCAGUGGUGUUGCUAUGUUGAGUGCCAACAGUGCAUGCAGGAAGAGGUGGUCUACAGCUGCAAGCAGUAAAGUCAGAGCUAGAGGGUCAAGAGAAGUCCUAGAGUACAAGAAAGCAGUAGGGAGAGAGAGACAUCAUUCUCUGCUGUGGGGUGAGGGCAAAGGCAAGCACCAAGUAUCCAGUGCUCCUAUUAUCUCAACGUUGAGAUCCUCUGACCUGGGAAGAGCCUCUGUAAGAGGGGUGAGCACCAGAGGUUUUGUCAGGUAUCAGAUCAGGAAAGAGGGACAGAGACUGGGGGCAAUGUGGGGACAGCAGAACCGCUAAAGCAGUCAAAAAUAUCCCUCUUGAGCUAAAACUUGUACUCUCGUCUGCAGGAAUAUCCCCCUCCUCCAUCCCUCACUUGCACUUAUGUAAAUGCGUUGGGGUGGUGACACGGAAAUGCUGAGGGCUUGCACCGUGGUUCCUGGAGAGAAGACAAAAGAAUUAAGGGACCGGGGAGGCAACUAACCAGAGACUGGAUCCUGAUGGAGCAGGGACAGCCUUGUUCCUGCAGCAAGGCAAAAGGAUUCUGGCAGCAAGGGAUUUUCAGUGGUGUUCUCUGGGAGCUCGUUGAAUCCUUUCUGCUUUGAACUCAACACAACGUUGAGUAGUCUCAUUGAUGCAAGAAUUGUGCCUCAGAAAUACCAGUUUACAAACAAAUGGAACUUGUGUCCAUCAUCUCCCAGGUCUAUAGGCUGGACGUUAGACUCCAAGUGCAUUUUAACCACGUUUUAACUUUGCUGUACACAGGAGACCUGGAAUUGCCUCUGUGACGGUGCAUGUAUCACAGGAACUCAGCUGAGGUCUAUGAAGUUGCCCCUCUGCAGCACGCUGCCUUGCAGGGGGUUCUUUUAUGGUGGUGGAUCCAGGGUGAUGGUGCCAACUACGCCUCUCUCUUCCCCUCCUCCCCAACCAAACUAUCAAUCGUCUUUUUGUAUUAUGUGUAUCGCUCUUUGCUCUGGUGCCUGAGGUGCAUCACAUCCCACAGUUCUGCCCGGUGCUAACGACAGGUGAAAUUUCUGAAAGGGAGUUGGGAACCACAGGAACUGGGGCAUCCUAAAAAUCUGCAAGUCGUGAGUGACAGUCUCUGCACUGAAAAGUUAGAUAUAUCUAGACAAUUCAGGCAUCCGGCAUGAGACAAGGUGACCUGGGGGAAAGAGCACAGCCCGUUACAGACCUGUGAUCCCCUGACUUUGAGUCAUGUUUUUCUAGUUAACUUUAACUUAAACACAACAGAAACAGCCUGUUUUGUUUCUCUGGUUGUGUCUUAGAGAGCAGUCUUGGAAACAGCAGUGAGGCACUCCCUGACCUGGCUACCAGAUACGCAUAGAGGGGUGUAGCACAACCUGCCUGGAUGAUGAACUGUAUUACAGUGCUUGGCGGUGUAUUCGCCUGCUGCAGGGAACUUCCUGGUCAAUCCGGCAGCAGCAGUUAGAGUGUGCACUGUGAGCGGCUCUGGACGGUCCCUGAGACAACAAAGCUGCCAUAUUUACUCAGUUUUGUAGUGGCUGUAAACCAGCAAGCAGGAUGCUGGUGUGGAGAUGGGCUGGUGCUGAAAAGAACAUUUAAAUCCUUAAGCUCAGACCAGAAUUCAUUGGCAAUGUAAUGGAUGAAGAUGCUGGUUUGGGUUGUUUAGAUAGACUGAUCCAUAGGCUGACUCAGGCAAGGUUUCAACGCGAUUGAGUUCUCCUAACAAGCAGUAAGAUCUCACCUGUGUGCUCCAGCUCUUGAGUGUGGAUGUGCUGAAGUCAGGCAGCUCAUCCAUUCAUUUGCAUAUGCUUUGAAUAAUUACUUUGCAGUGGUGAGUCUGUAUUCACACUCUCUUUAUCUUUGCCUUGUUGCCCUUUGCUUUUUUGAUUUCUGCUUUAUAAAAGGAUGAAAGAGAGCUGUCU